ACCAAGAUAAUUGGUUUCAUUUUCAUUUUACGUUGAAGCUGUUUUUGGUUACAGACCAACAAAAAAGCACUGAAAAGCAGCAUCCAUAAAAUGGGCCUUACAGGAAUUGUGAGUUGAUCAGGAUCAGUUGUGGAGACAUGACUGUUUGUUAAAGGUCAGUGCAAGCUUCACCAAUGACUGCUCCCCAUGUGUCUUCAAAUGGGAUGUGGUAGAAGUAAACCGCACUUACACCACGAGUCCAGUGACGAGACCGAGUCUGAGUCCUACAAAAAGAGCAAGCACAAGAAGUCCCUCAGUAAGAAUGACAAGUGUGUGUGCAACCCAGGAAAUAAAGUGGGUGACACCAAGGAGAACAAUGACUCCUCAAAGCCAGCUCCCAACAAACGGAAAGAUUCUGGAAUGUUCAAACUGCCACAAAAGAGUUCAGGAGCGCUGUCCUCUAAUGGAGUCCAGAAGGUGACACAGGGACUGGAUGCUAAGAAAUCCAAACUUGAUAAUGGUGUGCCAAAUAUAACUCAACCAAAAGUCAGGGUAACGAAUAGUCAGCUAGACUUCUUCAGAAUGUUGGAUGAAAAAAUUGAGCAGGGUAAGGAUUAUGAAACAGAUGAGGAGUCAGAAAUAGCCAAUGAAAAUGAAAAGUUAUCAAAUGGACAGGAUUGACUGUUAAUUGUGUGUGCAUAUAUUGUCACUGGAUAACAGAUUUAGUCAUGGAGUGGGUAGAGGAAAUUCCAUUCUGUGAUAAACCACAAAUUUUUUUUUUCCAUGUAAAUGGCAGAAUGAAGUAUGCAAAAAUUCAUUGGCAGAAACCCUUAGACUUGAGUUGAUGAAAAUUUGGUGAUUUGUUCAUGUAAUUCAUAUAGACUUUUUUUUAAAUUCACAUCCAGUAGAUGAAUGAGUGAUCAAUAACUGAUUACUAAAUGGCUCACUUGAACAAUUAUAAUACAUGUACUAGUGUACUGAAUGACCGUAUUUUACAGAAUUGUGCAGAACAAUAGAAAUGGGGGAAGGGGGCAGUAUUUUCACAAAUCGUUAUUAGGUGCUAAAAAAAUGUUUAUAUACUAAAGAGCACAUAAAGCACAGGACAUCCUGUGUAUUUUCCUUGUUUUUCAUCCUCAAUCUUGACCCCCUAAAUCUAAAAAUGUUUCAGCACAGCUUGUAAUUAGCAGUAAUUUCAACCCCUAUACCUAUAGAUUUAUGUCAACUAUAGUUUAUCAUGGGUUCAAUUUUAUCUUAAAGAAGAUGGGCACACAAGGUGAGCAAAAUGCCUAUUGUGCAUCAAAUAUGAAAAAGAAAAAUUAAAUCUCAAUUAUGACAAAAUUUCUUUCAUAUUUCAUUUUACAUUACCAAACAUCGCAAAAAAUUCAGAAAAAAAGAAAUUAACUACCAAAUAGAAGACAUACAUCAAAGAGGGCAAAAAUGAUCAAUUCUGCAUACUAAAACACAUUUUUCCAUACGAGUCAGUCUUCACUCCAUUUUUUUGAAAGAUUGUAUGUACUCAAAUUAUGCAAAAAAAAAAAACAAACCAUUCUUGGGUUAACAAAAACGUUGAACAAAAACCCACUAUACCUUAAAAAUACACUGUAUAGGCACAACAUUUGUUUCUUUCCAAGAAAUAUUUGAAGUCCGUUUGGUCAAAGGUCAUAUCACAAACAUGAUUUAAAUGCCAGUUUUUGUUAUGAGUGUUAUAGCGUAGUAGUUCACAUGUUAGUCUCCAUAGUAAAAUUGUUACUCAGGAUUUUUAUUUCUUGGGUUCAAACCCCAAGAAUACUACCCUUUUUUUUAAAAUCAUACAAUGAUUUUUUCAGAAAAAUAUUUCUGCAGAAAAAAGUUUUGUUUGUCAUAAUUUCAUACCUUUCAAUGAUAAAAAGUUUUAAUUCUAAAUUCACAAAUUGAAAACAUGUACAACUUUUAUACCUUUGAAGCUAUUGGCAUUUUGCAUGCCUUGUUCACCCAUCUCCUUUAUAAUGUUCAUAAAUUGUCAUGUUCAUUUUAUGUUGAUUUAUUCAGAAAAAAGGAGUGAUAUAAAGUUUUUUUGUUUGUUGGGAUUAUCGUGUUGAAAAUUGUCUGAAACAUAAACACAUUAGAAUAGUAAACUCUGCCUAUGUUAUAUUAGCAAAAUCAUUUUAUGCACUUAAGUGAUAUGGAAAGAAAAACAAACAUGAUCUCAAAUACUCAUUGCCAUGUAAACAACAGUCCCUGUAGAUAUUAGCAACCAAAUGAUAUUGUACCUGAAUUCAUCUGUGGCUGCAUAUGUCAUAUUUGACAUUUCUUUGGAUUAUAAAUACAUCUGCAUAUGAUGUAAUUAUGCAUUAAUUUACUCCUAUGCCAAUCAAUAUUGUUGUAAAUAGAAAGAUUAGGAAUUAUAUAUUUCCAGAUUUGAAAAUGCUAUUAACGGAAACAUUUUACAAAACAACUGAUUUAAAAGAAGACCAAUUAAUUAUGUUUAAACUAAAUGUGAAUUUUAUAAGAUUCAUGUCUAAUCCCUUUGAAAAGAUUGUGCAAUAUGUUGUAUCCUAAAAAAUUUUUGUUUGAAAGUCGAGCUUUGUUUCUUUUAUUUAUGCUAUUUAUUUGUGGAUUUAUUUAAUUUUGCUAAGACAAAUCAUUUUUUUAUGGAGUUUUAUUUAGGAUAUGUUGAUAUUCAGUGAAACAAGUAUUACUCUGGCCAUGAAGCAUGAAAUUUAAGACAUGUACAGCUCAUUUUGUUUACCGUAUUUGUACUUUGAUGAUACAUUUAAAUCAUUAACUUUGUCACAUUAUUUACUUUCCCAAUCAGAACAAUAUUUUUUUUCAUUCUCUGUUUCUCCGUUUUCCUUUCUCAAUCUAUAACAUUGUUUUAUAAGUUAUAUUUCACCAUGUUUCUAUAAUAUAUAAAGGACAAAUAUGUGAUGAAAUUGAAUACACCUGUAUAGUAAUGUGACUAUACAUGUAAAUAUACCCAAGAUGUCAUAGGAUUCAGUUGUCAGGGGAUAUAAUCAUGUGACAAAGUGUGCCUCAGUUGUCAAUUGACUAAUUGUGCUUUGGUUGUCAGGGGAUAUAAAAAUGUGACUGAAGUGUGCCUGGGUUGUUAGGGAAUACAAUAAUGUGACUUUGUGCACCUGGGUUUUACAGGGGAUAUACUAAUGACUAAAUGUGUUCUGGUUGUCAGAGGAUAUAAUAUGUGACUAAGUGUACCUAAGUUUUCAGGGGAUAUAAUAAUGUAAUUGUGCCUUGGUGUAAGGGGUUAUAGUCUUGUGCCAGUACUUGUCAGGAUGCAUUUACAAUUCCCCUUUGUUAUCAGAAUGGGUGUCUGUGAUUUUUUUUUGUCUUUAGAGGCACAUGAUUGGGGAUACAUGUAUUUAAAAAAAAUCUGCCACAUGUCAAGAGAGGACACUUCCUAUUGUUCUUUAUAAACCUAUAACCUUUCAAACAUUUGAAAUCUGAUAUACAUGUAUAAAACGUUUAAAUGUACAGUGUACAUUAAUUUAUAUAUAAAUUAUUGCUCAUGUUCAGCAAUAUGAUGACAAUUGUAACACUUAUUUUUGUUUUAUCUUUGAAGAUUUACAAUAUCAUCAUCAUUCCACUUUGUUAAGCAGUGAACUGUACAUUGUUUUAUGUUUUUCAUGUUUAUGCCUGAAAAUGACAAAAACAAUCAAAAUUUUAAAGCAUUUAUAUCCCUACAAAUUGCAUUUGUAUACAGUGUCUGAUUUUGCAUUGAUAUGUCAUUUUGUAAUCUUAAUUAAUGUCCUUUAUGUAGAUAACCUUGUUGUUGCAUUCCAUACUUUAAUUAAUCUUGAAUUUGUAAAAUGUAGAAGCUUAUAAAAUAAUGCCCUGUUCACACGAAUUAAAUAUGUUAAAAAGUUACUGUGAAUUAAAUCUGAACUGUGUUCACACAGAGAAUUUAACAUGAAUUAAUUUAAUUCGAAUUAAUUUACUGCUCAUCAAAUUACUUUGAAUUAGCUCUAUGUGAUCGCUAAGCGAAGCUAAUUCACAUUUAAUGUUGAAGCAUGCGUAAUACAUGUAGCUAGAUUAAGUCACAAGCCACAUGUCGGUGGUUAAAUAUAGGUACUUAUGCUAUUUUUGCUGGAAAAACAAAAGAAAAAAUAUGUUAAUUUCCAAAAAUGUGUACAGAACACUAUUGCAUUAUUUUACUUUGCAUCAAUUUACUGUGAAUUAAAUAUUUAAUGUUCAUGUGUGAACAGGGCAUUAAGGAACAUACACUAGGUGAAAGAAUUUUAAAGAAAUUAAGAAUUUAUUAUCUUUUGGAAAACUACAUGUAUUAAAUCGCAGUUUGAUGGCAGAAAUUAAAUUUCUUUAUAAUUAUCUGCAAAAAGCAUUAAAUGAUUAUUUUUUAUAUUAGAUGGUGUCAAAAAUCCUAUAGGUGCAUGUGCAUAUAAAUUGAAUAAUUUGCAUUAAGAUUUUUUUUUUUUUUGCAUAAAGCACCUGUUUCUUUCUGAAGGCAUGUAAAGAACAAAUUUAUAUAAUCAUUUAACUUCUAUGAUUAUAUUCUUUCACUAUUUGAUGUUUUGAAAGUUAUUUUUGAUCCGUUUUCUUGAAAAGCUUAUCCAUGAAGGCAAGUUUGAACUUCGUCGACGAAUAAAUGCCACUAGUCUAUAUAGAAAACAAUAUUGUAAUGUAUAUAUAUAUUGACGCAUACACCUGGUGUGUAGGUGUGAUUUUCAUAUUUGCUUAUGGGUGCUGCAACACCAUGUAACAAAUUUUUUUCCUAAGGUAAAACUGACAUUGUCCAUAUUUGAUUUUUUUGGUAAAAGUUUUAUUUAGCAUUUAAUAACUAUUAAGAUAUUCAAAUAAAAGACAGUUCACUGCUGUGAACUAAAUGCAUUCAGCAUCAACUGACCCUUCCCCCCUCUGAAGUUUUUUUGUUUAUUUUUUACCCACAAAUUAUAUAAUCAUGAUAGGUGAGGAAAGUAUGGUGUAGUAUAUUGUUUAUAAGUUUUUUUAAAAUUUAUGUUGCAAUAGCAUAAAAUGCUCAAUAAAAUCAGGUAGUAUUUUGAGGGGGUGAACAUAUGCAUUUUAGAUAUUUUUUGUAUCUGUUUUUUCAUCAAAUCAUGCAGUGCAAUUUUACAAGGUGUAUGUAUACUUUCUCUCUCUCUCUCUCUUUUUGGGGGUUUUCAUUUUUAUGUUGUUGCAAUACAUCAUUUUUAUACUCCAUUUUGAAUCUUUCAAAAAUAAUCGAAAUUUGUGAAUUCACAAUGAAUGAACUUCAUUUUUGCAAGCCACUUGAAAGUACUUUUUCCUCUUUUGAAAUUACAUUGAUUGAAUGAAGUAAGUAUAUUUUAGAAAUAUAGAAAUGAAAUAAGCAUGUUUUAGAAAUAAAGAACAUGCAAAGAAUAUUAAAUUAAUGAUAAUUUUUUUUCCCCUUUCAGAAUUACGAAAAUAUCACUAAAAUAGGUAAGAAAGAUCUCUCUAUCUGUGUAAUGGAGUUCGUUAUGAACAACCAGCUGUAAUAUUCCCUGUUUAUUUCUUUGACAUGCACUGAGAUAUUAAAGACAGAAAAAUUUCUGUAUAUUUUAAGUGCCAUUCAGAUAAGAUUAGACCUAAGUUUCAUCUGAAUAACAUUAACUCUAACAUUUCUGUUAUAAUUUUGUUGUCUGCCAAAGAUAGUUCGUCUGUGAUCUUUAUAGAAAUUCUAUUAUUUAACUGUCUUUUUUUCAUGUUCAUUUUGUUAUUGCUUGUUUUAAAUAUGUAUGGCAAAAAAUAAAAUUUGCAUAAUAAAGGAAUAAUUUCUAACUUA